UUUUCCCCAUUUUCUUUCAAAUUAUCAAUCUUUUUCAAAACCAGCAUUAUCCCAAUUCGUCCUCUCUCGAAUCUUUUUCUCUUCACGUUUCCCUGCCUUUUUAUCCCCUCCCACCACCAUUUUGCACGCAUUCUCCCCGAAUCAUCUCUGUUUUGGGUUUCUGGUUCUCUGUAAUUCCCUAAAAAAAACUAAAGAAGAUUCUAAAGAGAAAUGAAGAAGGUUGUGUUGAAGCUGGAUUUGCACGAUGACAAAGCCAAGCAAAAGGCUUUAAAGGCAGUCUCAACUCUUUCAGGAAUUGAUUCGAUUGCCAUGGAUAUGAAGACAAAACAGUUAACAGUGAUCGGCACAGUCGACCCCGUGAACGUUGUGAGCAAACUGCGCAAGUACUGGCCAACCGACAUAGUAUCAGUGGGUCCGGCAAAGGAACCGGAGAAGAAAGAGGAGCCAAAGAAGGAAGAAGGUGAAAAGAAAGAGGGAGAGAAGAAGGAAGGAGGGGAAAAGAAAGAGGGGGAGAAGAAAGAAGAAGGAGAAAAGAAAGAAGGGGGAGAAAAGAAGGAAGAAGGCAAGAAGGAAGAAGAAGGGAAGAAAGAAGAGGAGAAGAAGCCACAGCCACCACCACCAGACCCCGUUUUGGAGCUUGUCAAGGCUUACAGAGCAUACAAUCCUCAUAUGACCACUUAUUACUACGUUCAAAGCAUGGAAGAGAACCCAAAUGCUUGUGUUAUUUGUUGAAAUGACCUGCUUUCUCUCCAAUUG